UACUGUUCUCAGGAUGGCAGACUAUGCGGGCGACCCCGUGCAGCUGUGCGUGGGCGAGUGGGGGCGGUGGCAGUGGCGCAACGCGGUGCUGCUGUCGCUGCUCAAGAUGCCCAUCGCCUGGUACCAGCUCAGCAUCCUCGUGCUGGAGGCGCCGUCGCCUUUCUGGUGCGCCGGACACCCGACCACGCAGGAAUCCUAUGACGCUUGCGUAGUGCCACGUAAUUCAUCCACUUGGAACGACAGUUCGUCAUUGGAACCAUGCUCAUCGUGGGAAUACGCACCUGACAUUUUCACAUCUACUAUAGUAACGGAGUGGGACCUGGUAUGCAGCCGGAAGCACCUGGCCGACGUGACGCAGUUCACGUUCAUGUUGGGAGUUCUUCUGGGGACGGUAGUCGCUGGCGCAGCAGCUGACAGGUGGGGCCGCAAGAAGCCACUCAUAUUCUGCAUCGGGCUGCAAGUGCUGGCUAGCACGGCGGCCGCGCUGGCCCCGUGGCUCCCUCUGUUCAUCCUGUGCCGCUUCAUCUUGGCCACCGCCACUGGAGGCAUUCUCGUUAUUGGUUUCGUCUUGGCAAUGGAGAUCUCGGGAGACAGACACCGGACGACAGUGUCGGUGCUGUACCAGCUGCCGUUCACCGUGGGCCUGUGCAUCAUGGCAGCCGCCGCCUACAUGCUGCGCGACUGGCGUCACUUCCACCUCUCCUUAUCGGCGCUCUCUGCACUCUUCCUCUCCUACGCGUGGCUGGUGCCGGAGUCUCCGCGCUGGCUGCUGGCGGUGGGGCGCCGCGAGUGUGCGGUGCGUGUGCUGAGCCGUGGCGCCGAGCUCAACCGGCUGGACGCGGCGGCGGUGCGGGAGCGCCUGCCGGCCGCCAUCCAACAGCCCGAGCAGCAGCCCCGGCCGGGCAUCACGGCGCUCUUCCGGUCCGCCUCCCUGCGGCGCAGGAUGUGCGUGCUCUGCCAAGCCUGGUUCGUCUCCGGCCUUACCUUCUUCUCCUUCACGCAGUCUCUGGACAGAAUGGGAAGCAACAUAUUUUUCAACAUCACGAUGGCAGGGGUUGUUGGAAUUCCAGGAACAAUACUGUGCCUGUUUGUUAUUCGCCUGGGACGAAAACGCAGUGUUAUGAUUGGGCAGAUCAUUUUAAUUAUGUGUUGUCUCCUUAUCACAGCUUUUCCCAAAGGAUCUUACGCGUACGACUGGCCGAGACUGAGCCUGUCAGGUGUGGCCAUCACGUCGAUGGCAGUGUCGUUCACGACGGUGUACCUCUACUCCGGAGAGCUGCUGCCCACUGUGGUGCGCAAUGCCGGCCUCGGCUUUGCAGCCAUGUUUAGCCGCCUGGGCUCUGCGAUAGCUCCGUUUGUUAAGUCGCUGGACGCGUACUGGGUCCAUUUGCCGAUGCUGAUCAUAGGAUGUGCAGCACUGAUUACGACGGUGGGUAUUUCUUUCCUACCUGAGACUAAGGGACAGCCACUACUUGACACAUUUGAAGAAGAUGACAGACGGAACAAGGAAGAAGUGGGAGAUCAGAAGAGUUACACCUACAAAAUAGUCAACCAACAGGACCAGAAAACAGUGACGAGCAACUGUUAAGGAGAUCGGAAUUACGAGAAAAAAGUGGAAAAUACUCAUUCUGGAAAUAAAAAAAAGUCUGCUGUUGAAAGGAUGCAAAAGAACGAAUUAUUAGUUAAAAAUUGGAAUUUACUGGCCCAUUUUCUUUAGUUUAAGAAUUGUCAUAUUUGUGUUCCUCUGGCGAGUUAAAAAUGUUGCCAAAUUAUGUUUACUGAUAUUACCUUAUCCUUCAGAAUAUUGCUUUCA